CGCAUUUCUUCUGUCUACAUCCCGUCUGCCGGCCUUUCCCUCUCUCCAAGCCUUUCCUCAAUGUCCUUCCUGUUCUGCAUGGAUGGCCUCUCCCCAGCAGUCCAUCACCACCGUCGACGGCAGGCGCUGUACCCGCGUGCGGAGAAACGCCACCACCUCCCUCUUAGCCGGCGCGCCCACUUCGACCACUCCCGCCACCUCUACCACCGUUGUCGCAACAGACGGCUCAUCUUCCACAAGCUUUCUGUCGCAAUCUACUUCAUUGCAUUCUGCCAUUGCACCAACGGCCGAUGCAACUUACUCCUCCCAUAGCCACAGCGCAGCAUCCUUGUCGCCGGGAGCUAUCGCAGGAAUUAUAAUAGGCGCACUUGUCGGCACAGCCAUUGCUGCGUUGUUACUUUUCUUCUGCGUCCGACGGAGGAGACGGAGUAGAGGCUUUACGAGCCAAACACCGUCUAAUGAAAAAAUACCUGGUGAUGGAAAUGGAGGCUUGACACACCCUGCCACGGGAACGCUAGGGGGAUCGAGCUUUUUUGGUGCGUUAUUUGCGACUUUUAGACGUCCGAAGGCGGUAGAUCAAGGUGCCAGGAGUACCACCAACUCGCCGUACAUUGACGGAAGAAGCGGCGGAUCGCGAUUCUCCGCCAGCUCCGCCGGAUCAACUCGUCAUCUCCGCUCAGCCAGCGCUCCAUUGGCGAAUCAACUUCGGAGCGUCAAGGACCGCUUCAGGCGACGGUUGGGCCGGGCACGUCCAACGUCUACGGAUAGUGUGCGCUCAUUCUUUACCCCAACACCACCAGUUCUUCCAGUCCUACCAGUCCAAACCGCGGAGGACCCUUUCAGAGACCCGGACAGAUCGGAGCUCCGUAUCACAAAUCCGGAUUCACCCGGAAACUCUGUCAGUACUAAAGCCAAGACACUUCGGUCGGAAAGGACACCUCUCACCCCCGGGACACCAAAUUGGAGACAGUCUACACUUGACUUCCAAUUCCCGUUGCCUGCGCAGCCCAAAGAUCCAUUCUUGGAUCCAUCUCCCAACCAACGGCAGACCAUCCGUAUAGAAGACAAUGAGAUUCAGCGCGAAUCAUCUCAGCUGCUGGCUCCGUACCGGAACCGCUCACAGAGCCAUGCCACGGCAUUGUCUCAUCCAACAUCAUCAUUUUACUCCGCCGAUGGAGGAGGUUUGAUGUACACCCCGCAGGCCUCGGUGCACAUCUCACCCCUCAAACCUGCAGCAAAUCCCUUUGAUGACCGCAAUGCAUUUGAUUUUGAAUCGCUACCUAACCCGUUCACUUUAUCUAAUUUAAAUGAUGGCGGUAAUGGUCCGAAAUCCGGCAUUCCACUCGCCAACGCGGUAGUCAUCAAUCGCUCCUCUCUUAGCCGAUCAAUGUCUACCUCGUCCACGCGGUCCUCCAACCCGCUACCCACGACAUACAGCGACCGUAGCUCCUAUUUUGGUCCCGGGCGCAGUGGUAGCAAAAGCGGUAUUAGCAGUCGCCGCGCGACAACCAAUAACCGCGAAACAAGAGGAAAGAGCGAUCCGUUCGAUCUCGACAGACCAGAUAUUUUAGGCGUGAGGUAAAGGAAUGGCAUACCGGAUGUGUCUGUAUAGUGUAAAAGGGGCGACAGGGCGGGACGUGGGUUGC